AUGGAGGAGAGCGACGCGGCCGUGUCGGUACGCGUGCUGAAGGAGCGGCUGACGUGGCAGCCGAGCGCCGCGGCGAGCCGUGGGGAUCGCGGCAGCAGUAGCCCCGCGAUAGAAGCGCAGGCUGACACGUGUACCCGCGCGACACAAACAGGGCAGCUUGUAGCGGAGACAGAGAGCAACGAGGCGGAGGGACCGCCUUACAACCCUCCUCCCCCAGUGCCGGCUGCACGGCAUGCUGCACGACGUGGCGUGCGACGGGCUCUGCCUCUCGCUGCUUCUUCUCAGGCCGCGGGGAUGCGGCAAGACUCUGGUGAGUGCAGUGGGCUGUGGGUGGCGUGUUUGGAGUCGCUUAAAACCUUCCUCCCCCGGCAGACCCUAAAAAAAAAAAUCCCCACAUUGCACGGCAUGCUGCGGGACGUGGUGUGCGACAGGCUGUGCCUCAAAAGUGGGUGCCGUGAGCUGUGGGUGGAGUGUUUUGAGUGCCUUCAAACCCUCUUCCCCUCCUUCCCACCCCUUCCCACCGCACUGCAUCUCCCUCCCCUUCUCCCUCAGGUGCUGCAGCGUGUGUUGGCUGACCUGCUGUUGAGGCUCCUCAAAGCCAUCCCUCCUCAUCUCUUCCCACCGCAUCCCACUCCACCCACCCCUCGUCUCCCUCCUCCACCUGCUCCUCUCCCCACCAUGUGCUGCAGCGUGUGUUGGCUGACCUGUGUGCAUCAUCCCACACCCCUAUUUUCCCACCCCAUCCCUCCCCUGCCCACCGCACUCUCUCCCGUCUCUCCCCACCAGGUGCUGCAGCGUGCGUUGGCUGACCUGCGUGCAUCACCCCACACACCACCGUUUCUCACUGUGCAUCUGGAUGGUCGCAUGCAUGCUGAUGACCGUGCUGCUCUCAAGAGGGGCAAACAGGGCAUACUCUACUUACUGUUAGACCUCAUGCACUCUGCUGACACUCACUUGGCAGUCAUCGGGAUUUCUGCCUCCCAGGAUGCAGACCAGCUGCUGGAGAAGCGCGUGCGGUCGCGCUUCUCAAACCGCAAGAUCAUAUUCCUGCCGCCACAGCCUCAGGACCUCAUCAGGUUGCUUCGUUCAACCCUCACUCUCCCGGCACAGAAGCCUCCAUCCCUUGCCUUUGCUCCUCCCAACACCACCAACCCAUCUCACACCACUGCCGCUCCUCCCGACACCGCCGAUUCGUGGCCUGCAUUCGCAACGGGGUUCAAUGCACGGGUUGAUUCGACUUUUCAGCAUCCCUCAGUACUGGCUGUUCUGCUGCAGUCAACCGCCGUCAACCGCACUGUACCGCACAUCUUCAAGCUCGGGUUCCGGGCAGUGUGUGAGAUGGUGAGGCGAGGAGGCCAGACCCUUUCGGUGUCUGACUUUGAAAGGGCGUAUGCUUCCUCAACACUGCCCAUUCGGCAGCAGAUGCUCUCAGUCCUGGAGCUCUAUCUCCUCGUGGCAUUCCACCGCACCGAAGCACGUGCUGCUGCUGUGGCUGCUGGCGCGGCUGUUGCUGGUUCUGGUGGUGCUGGUGGGGCUGGUGCGGCUGGUGGUGCUACAGUUGAAGCAGCAACUAGUGGAUCCCACCCUAUUAAUUUCCACACAGCCUUCAAAGAGUAUGAAUCACGAAGAGUGGCAGCCAGAGGCUCUGUCUCUGAUGUGUUUUCUCAUGAAUCCGCCUUACAGGCUUACGGGCGGCUAAUAGAUGCCAAUUUUGUAGCGGUUGCUUCUGGGCAGGCGCCAGCCAGUGUGGAAGACCUUGAAUUUUUACCUGCCCGUUUGCUGGUUACGGCAUACGAGCUAGAAGAGGCUAUCAACAAGAAUUCACGUGUUCCUCUUGAACUGAGGAACUGGCUACAACAAGGAUUGCAUGAAGGAGCUCCUGUGAUCUCCACGCCCCCGUCUCUCGCGGAUGACCUGCCGUGGAGGGACACGCUGAAAGGCUUCAAUUCUUUUCUGAAGGCCCUGGAAUCGUCAGGCGCAUCGAAGCUGAUCGACUCGUACGUCGCCUCCCCGUUCGGCGCGCGCACGGGGGUCACUUUCCUCGCGCCGACCGACGACGCGUUCGCGGCGAUGCCGCCGCAAGACGCGGAGAUGCUGCGCACGAUGCCGUGGGCCAUGGCCAGCCAGAUGCUGUUCCACGUCAUCAAGAAAAGGCUCACGCAUGUCCAGCUGCGCGCCGCCCGCCCCGAAACUAAGUACGGGACGCUCUCCAACGUCGCCGUCGUCAAGGUUUACGCGCCCAUCCUCGAGUUCGGCCCAGCAGGGUCGCCCUAUGGGCCGCAGGUGUCUCGCGCCAAUGCGUAUGUGGGUGACAGCAUCGCAGUGCAUGGGAUCACGGAUGUCAUGGAUCCGGGCCUCUACUCGCGACAGUUCAUCCGCCCCCUCGUGCAGAUGAAAGCAGUCUCUGACGAUCCCGCUCUGGCCCAGGCCCGGGCGCACCGUGGGCGAGUGGCAUGCGAGUCAGUGCUGACAGCGCUGCAGAAGAAAGGGCUCUCUCGAUUCACUGAGGCGCUUCAAAAGGCCGAGCUCCAGGAGUAUCUAUGCCGCAAGCUUGAGACUCAAGAGCUAACACUGAUGGUGCCGUCCAACGAUGCUUGGGAUCACCUGCCUCCUGCUGUUACCGACUCUAUCGCAGACAACCCGCAGAGCAUAAUCCAGGUCCUUCUUUUCCACAUUCUUGAGACACGAUUCACUGGAGCUGAUCUUCGCAGCUCCGCACCAGGUGACGAGUUUCCAACAGCUUCGAGCCACCCUCUGGUCCGCCUCGCUGUUCCUGGGGUGCAAUUUGGCCGAAAAGGUGCGAGCUAUGGGGCCCACCUGGCAGCUGUGGACAUCAUUUCCGAUGAAUUUGUGGUGCCUCCUCUCUCCCCGUCCUCGUCCGCACUAGACCUCAGUCGCUUGUCGUAUGCCCUGUCCGCUCCUGACGCUCUCGGUCAGUCGCUCGAAUUCAAGCAAGACCUUUCGUCGCCGGUUCAACCUGUCAGUUCGGCUCCGGCAAUUGGAGGCGGCCUGUCCGUUAAGCAGUCGCUCUGUCAGGCGGUUUUGCGGAUAGUUUUGGAGAAUGUUCAGAGGGAUGGACACAGCAGAGAGGUUCAGGAUUCGGUGUCUAAGCACUUCGCAACGCUACCUUCUAGGUACGCACUGAGCGUGAAUCCGCAGCGUCAUGAGGACGUGUUGCUCCACAUGCGUCUCAUCAACGAGGCUCGCACGCUCAAUCAAACCGACCCGGACCUAGGCCCGGUCGUCCGAGUCCGCCGGGUUUGCCUCGGCCGAGCCAAGUCGUCAGGUUCGGCAGGGGGGGGAAACGCAGCGGAAUUUGCGAGUUCACCCAGGAGGAGGCACAGCACGGAUCUUUCGAGCAACAGCCCGUCCGGAAGAAGCCUGGAAGGUUCCCAGAAGGCGGCGGUUUCCGCCGCGGUAGCAGCGGCUAGCGGGAGUGCUGCUUCUGCAGGCUCUUCCGAUUCAGGUCUAGCAUCAGGUCUAGCAGCAACAGGAGCGUCAGGGUUACCAGCAGCAGGAGCGUCAGGGGCGUUUCCAGGAACAUCAGGGGCAUCAGGGCUGUCCGCGUCUGGGUCACAGCCGCAGCUGCAUGGGUCAAAUCCCGCUCCGCGCAGAAGCAUCCCCUGUCCUGGAACCCUGUCGAGACUCAUCCCACAACCCACCUUCGGCUCCUCCGCGCCCAACUGCUACAGCCUGAGCGGUCUAGGCUCGGCGGGUUCCUCUGCUGUGGAUUUGAGCCAAGGCGCUCCCACCGCGACCGGCCGCAAAUCUGGGUCGCUUACUGGCAGGUCGCCGUUUGGUUCUGGUAGUAUCGGCAACGCCAAGGGCAGCAGCAGUCAUUUCUCGUUAGCGGCGACGUUAAGGGAAGGCGUGCCGUUCUCGUCUGCGUCGGAUUUGAGGGGAGACGCGGUGGGGGGAGGGUUGGGCAGCGCGGGAGGGUUGGGGAGCGGCGGAGGGUUCCUGGUUGGGUCGAGAGGGUCGGCGUCGAGUCUAGGAACAGAUGGGGACGAGGAUGAUAGUCGGAGUGGGGGGUCGAGCUGGCACGGUCCGGGAGGGUUUGAAGGGGCGGAGGGCGAUGGGUAUGUGUACGGGUGGGAGGUGUCGAUUGCGGCCCCGGAUAGACCGGGGUUGCUGACGUGGUUCACUUCGGCGCUGGCGAAUUCGGACCUGGAGCUCAACAUUAAUGAGGCGCACGUAUUCAGCACAUCGGAUGGCAUGGCAUUGCAGGACUUUGUGGUCACCACGCCAAAGCACCACCAGAGUUUCUAUGCCAAUGAGGAGGAGCUUCAAGACGCGCUGACGCACGUGGUGCGCAUCAAGUGGAGAGAGCGGGACGUGAAGCAGGCGUCAGAGCAAAUGCAGCUGGCGAAUCUGAGGGCAGUGGUGGAGGCAAUGGCGUAUGAGGACUGGGCGGUGGACUACCAUGAUCUCUGCAUAGGCGAGAGGCUGGGCGGGGGGGCGUCGGGGCGGCUGUGCAGAGGCACGUACAGAGGGCAGGACGUGGCAGUCAAGGUCAUCACACUCGCUGCUGCUGAUGACAUGGCGGCGCCUGGGGGAGGGCUGAGGGGAGGGCCGGCCGGGGUGGGGGAUGCUGGCAUGUCGGUGUCGAUGCGGAGUGCUACGGCUCUGGAGCUGCUGCAGUGUUUCAAGCAGGAGGUCGCUAUAAUGAGGAUGGUGCGUCACAAGAACCUGGUGCAGUUCAUCGGAGCGUGCUCGCACUGGCCACGGUUAUUCAUCGUCACAGAGCUCAUGGCACGGGGCAGUGUGCGGGAUGUGUUGGACCAGAGGGGGUGCGGAUUGCCCCUGCCAGUGGCGCUCAAGAUUCUGAGGGAUGCAGCACGGGGACUAGACUUUCUGCACCGGAGAGGCAUUGUGCACCGGGAUUUGAAGGCUGCUAACCUGCUGGUGGAUGAGAAUGAUGUGGUGAAGCUGUGCGACUUUGGAGUGGCAAGACUGCUGCCAUCAAAGCAGGCAGGGCAGCUGUGUGGGGAGCCCACCGCCAAGUCACGGCCGGACAUGACAGCAGAGACAGGCACCUACCGCUGGAUGGCACCUGAGGUGAUGGAGCACCAGCCAUACGACCACCGCGCGGACAUCUUCUCAUUCGGUGUCACCAUGUGGGAGGUCAUUACAGGCGACCUGCCCUACACUGGCCUCACUCCCCUACAAGCAGCCAUUGGCGUCCUGCAAAGAAACCUACGCCCGCCUCUCCCUCCCGGGCUACCAUCUCGCAUCAGCAGUCUCAUCACUCGCUGCUGGGCUGCUGAUCCUGCUGUCAGACCUGAAUUUACCGAGAUACUCUCCACUUUGGACAGCUGCUUAAAAGGAGUCUCACCAUCCUCACUUGUAAUAGUCGUAACCUCUCUCUGGCUUGCGGCUGUGUCUGCUUCCCCCCAACAGCGGGUGAAGGUGUAUCGGCUGAACGACGAUGGCAAGUGGGACGACAAGGGAACAGGCCACGUGUCAGUGGAAUACCUCGAGAGGUCGGACGCCAUAGGGCUGGUGGUGAUUGAUGAGGAGGACAACGGCACACUGCUGGUGCACUGCAUAUCAGCAGACGACAUCUACCAGCGGCAAGAAGACACCAUCAUUUCAUGGACGGACCCUGAGGUAGCAACAGACCUGGCGCUGAGUUUCCAAGAAAGCAUGGGGUGCUCCUACAUAUGGGAGCAAAUAUGCAAUGUGCAGCGUCAAGUGCAGGUUCCUCCAGGCACUGAGGGCGGAGGGGCAGGAGCACGGGAUGAUGUAGCAAUCCACGAAGCAUCUCCAGAGAAUGCCCUUGAAGCAGCAACAGACAUGUCUGAGUUACCUGCAGUGGAGCUCAGGAACCUUCCUGUCAUUGCCAAGAUGCUAACAGACGUCCCAUUGUUUCACAAAGACCGAAUCGCCUCGCUCGUUCUUAGAGAGGGCUACGUGCCCAAGCUGCUGGACCUGUUCCGGCAGUGCGAGGAUCUGGAGAAUCUGGACGGGCUGCACCACCUCUACCGCAUUGCCAAGGGGCUGGUGUUGCUCAAUGACACCAAUCUGUUUGACCUGCUCUUUGCCGACAACGCCAUCCUGGACCUCGUGGGGGCCCUUGAAUAUGACCCGGAUCUACCAUCGCGCCAGCAGCACCGCAAGUUCUUAUUGGAGCAGGUGGAGUAUCGCGAGGCCGUGCCCAUCCAGGACCCGGCCCUGCGCUCCAAGAUCCACCAGACGUACCGCCUGGGGUACAUCAAGGAUGUGAUCUUGCCACGGGUUUUGGAUGACCAGACAUACGGGACCUUCAACUCCCUCAUUCUGUUCAAUAAUGUGGAGGUGGUGUCCACUCUACAGGGCGAUAAGCCUUUCCUCACAGACCUCUUCUCCCAGUUGCGGUCCAAAGACCCCUCCUCCCCUGCCUUUAGAGACCUGGUUCGGUUCCUUCAGGAGUUUUGCUCGCUGCACAAGCACCUGCAGAUCACACAGAGAAACCAGUCCUUCAGUGCGCUGAUUGGCCUGGGACUAUUUGAAAUCGUCACCACGAUUUUGCAACACACUGACGCCUCCCUCCGCCUCUGCGGAACGGACAUCCUCAUGUCGGCUCUUAGCCCCGAUCCUGCCCCCCUGCGCACCUUUCUCGUGGAGCAACCUGGGCACACGCUCUUCUCCUGCCUUGUCAAAGGCAUGGUGGAGCGCAGUCAAGGGGAGGCGGGCUCUCACGUACAACUACUAGAGAUACUGAGGCAGUUGCUAGACACCGACACCAUGGACACUGCCGAGAAGAACAAGUUUCUAGACGUGUUUUAUGAGGAAUACGUGGAUGUGCUUGUAAAGGGGAUAACCACCGCUGCCGCUGCUGCUGCUGGCGGUGGGGGUGGAGGGGGAGCAGCAGGGGGGGGAGGCGGAGGAGGAGGGGGAGGAGGGAUAGCAGCGGGGUCGCCUGCCCCUGAGGUGCUGGCGAGUAUAUGCGACCUGCUGUGCUUCUGUGUGCUGCACCACAGCUUCCGGAUGAAGUAUUACGUCCUGCGGAACAACGUGGUUGAGAAGGUGCUGCGGCUGGUGAAACGGAAGGAGAGGUACCUAGUUGUGGCUGCCGUGCGCUUCCUGCGCUCCUGCAUCAGCCUCAAGGACGACUUCUACCUGCGCUAUCUCGUGAAGAACCGACUCUUUGAGCCCGUGAUCGCAGCCUUCCGAGCCAACGGCAGCCGUUACAACCUGCUCAACUCUGCAGUGCUGGACCUUGUAGAGUUCAUCCGCAAGGAGAACAUAAAGUCGCUGGUGACGCAUCUAGUGGAGACAUACGGCACCUGGUUUGACUCCGUUGACUACGUUGACUCCUUCAAGCUCCUCCGCCUCAAAUACGAGCAAAACCUCGAGUCAAUGCGGCCAGCAGAAGAGCCCUCUGCUGCCCCUCCGCCCUCCCACUUGCCACGGGCCACAGCCGUUAGUGUCCAAUCGGGUGGCGACAGCUGGCGGCACGAGAGUGGUGGAGGGGGGCCGGCAGGGGGAGAAGGGGGGAGGAGUGGGGAGGGGGUGGAGCGGGGAGGGCGAGUGAGGGUGGAGAAGAGGAGAGUGAGGGAGGAGAGGGAGCUGGAGAGAGAGGAAGAGGAUUACUUUGAAAGCGGAGGGGACAGUGACGAGGAUGAGCCAGCAGCACAGGAGGAGGAGCACGAUGACAGCCUGCCAGUGCUCGACCCAUCAGGCACACCCCCCCUGCUACGCCACAAGUCUCGCUCUCCCUCUCCGCCUCGCUCCCUUGCCAACGGCAUCGUUGCAGACCCGUCUAGGAAGCCGCCUUUUGGACUCGUGGAUUACGAGGAUGAGGACGAUGAAGACCGGCCCUCCCCCUCCUCCUCCCCUUUCCCUCCCAGCCCCCGCCCCUCCACCGGCUCCCCUGCCUCGGGAAGAGCCUUCGAGGCUCGGGAAGAGGCUCGGGGAGAGGCUCGGGGAGAGGCUCGGAACGGGCCGAAGCGGAGCGGUUCGGGAGGAGCAGGUUCGGGAGGGAAGGAUGGGCCGUCCCAAGGUGUGCAAAAGAAGCGGAAAUCUUCUGAUGGUGGGGGAGGAUUCAGGAGAAUAUCUGGGGGAAAGAUAGUUGUUGGGGGAAAGCUUGGGGCAAUGUUGGCCCGAUCUGCUCUGGUUAAAGGAGGUGGGAGUGGGGGGACUGUCAGGGGCGGGGGAGGAGGGGGAGAAGCAGGAGGAAGGGGAGAGAAAGGGGGAGGUGGGGAUGACAAAGGGAGAGAUGAAAGAAGAGGUGAUGGGGAAGAGAGGCAGCAACACAAGGAGGAAAGGAGGCGGGAGGAGAGGGAGAGGGACAAGCAGGAUAGGGUCAAGGAGGAAAGGGAUACGGAGGAGAAGACGAGGGGUGAGGGGGGGAGUGAGAAGGCAGGAGAGAAAGGCAGCAGCAACGGAGGUCCAAAUCGGUGCAGCAUCCUCCCCCAAAUCCUCUCCUUCCUCCUCGCCGAAAGCUUUCUCAUCACCGAAAUCAUCUCCAUCGCAAUCUCCCAGAUCCUCCCCGUCGCGAUCGCCUAG